AAGUUAGGAAGCACGUCACGCCGUUUGAGUGAUGAUGAAGUUGGUAAAGACGUGUCUGUAGAAAACGAGGACAAGAACCCUUUUGUAAGGAAGAGCAACCUCAUCAAUUUUUGUCAAGAUCCCUCGUGCCAUGAGCAGGAUCGCAAUAGCUGUUCUUGGAGGAAAGACUUGUCUAUCAAUGGAGAAUAUUACACGUUAAAUAUAUUUUUGAAAGAUCAGGUGGAUGAGUAUUGAUUUAUGAAAUCAAAAGUCGUUUACUCGUACUGCUGCCUUUUGUGGUUCUAGUUUAUCUAAUUGCUUUUUCUACAAAAAAGAACUCAUGUUGACACUCAGUAGUACAGUCAAAGAUUCGUCCACCAGUUAUGUAAUUUCUUGCCGGGUCCUAGCAUGUGAUGUCGCGCCACGAGAAUAUCGGAAGAAAUCGUGGCUCGGCUCCGCAAUGGAGCCGAGUUAUACCAGAAGAGCUUGGUGGGUCGGCCUCGGCCCCGAGCGCGCGGAAGCAGCAUCCAGAUCUGGAUAUGAGGGCGAAUGUCGGCGAACAACAAGCUAUCGAGGUUCAGGAGGAUCAGAGGGCCGAUCCGAUACCGAUACCUUCUAGUUGUAGCAAGGUAGGCAUUCACGAUGACGAGGAAUGUGGAGGAGGGGAAAGUGUAAAGGAUCGACCUAUUAUGCAGACGCACACGACACAGGAGAAUGAGAUGCGCGAAAGUGGUCCUGGUAUGGCCGCAGAAGCGUUGAACCUGCCGAGAUCUUCUUCAUCGGAGCUUGACGCUGCUGACCGUGGUCCUCCAAACGAAGCACGUGCUAGCACAGGAGUCAGUCGUGAUUCGGGCUCAUCUGUAGCGGCGUCUCCGGCUGUUAGGAUGAUGCCAAAGCUCACGAUGCCGAAGCUUGCCCAGCUUCCGUUACCUCAGGUCGGCGUUGCGCCUGGCGUUGCGGCAGGACUACCCGGCUCGUAUUCACGUCAUGAUUCGAAAUGUUUGAGUAAGUUGUAGUAUCCAGUCCUCCAAGUGUUGACGCUGAGAAGUACUGUCCUCGUGUCCAGCAGAUUGAUUUCCUAUGAUGAUGAUCGACUUAUUCGAUUGAUAAACAAUUUUACGAAUAACGUUCCAAUUUCGCCAGCGGAAGCCCUCAAUGGAGGACAGGAGCACAAUUCCUGUGGAUGGUGAUGUAAAUGUUCUUGCUUAAUCCUCGCUAUAGUUCUUCAUCGCCACCACUAUUUCAGAGCUAAGUCAUCGAGUCGUAGUGGACUGCAUGGUAGUGCGACAUCGUCACCGCGAUUCCGCGCACCGAAAUUGAAGCCCAUACAACGUCCAGCAAUCGGUUUACCCGCAGCUGCAGCGCCAACACCUUCGAUGCCCUCGUCCUCAGGUGGGGCCGCCCCGCCUCCAUCAAGCGCUGCAUCAAGUAGCAGCGCAAUGCAGAGUAGCAAUCAGCAAUGGACGCGCGCAAAGGUAUCGAUUUCGAGAGAUCGAUUGAGCGAAUUUGAUGCCACCGCAGCAGGUCUUCCGCCUUUUCUGGAUUCGAAUUCGGAGCAUCAGGUUCCCGUCGAGCUUGUUGAGACGAGUAGAGAAGGCUGUGUUAAAACUAGCAACAAUAGCACUAAUCAUAGAGGUCGUGUUCACAAUAAUCAAGACGAUGGGCUACCGCCUGCUGCUUCUCCCACGGUUUCCGAGGAGGAAGAGAAAAGGAAAGCUCCUGAUCACUCAACAUCGUGUGAACAUGUGGAUGUGGGAGAGCAACGAAGUCGCAUGAGUCGCGAUGCACCUGACAACCCUCAUGUCGCUUCCUUUCCCAGACCCCCAGACAGCAGAAAUGCUGCCGCCGAAGAUGCAGGCUCGACGAUGUCGUGUUCGCAGGAGGCUGCCCUCGCACAAGGCAGAAACAGGGCUGCACUACCCGCUGCAGCUGCAGGCGUUCCCGUUUUCCUAUAUUCGCAGGACGGGGGAGAGCAAGAGGAUAUUCCCACAACUACUAUGUCCGCGCCCUCUGCCUCCUCGAGCAAAGAAACCAAGAAUGGCACAACUGUGAAUGCAGACGAUCAUAUCGUAAAGACGAGCUCCACGACGACAUUGCAACCCGAUCCUACAGCGACCUCUGGGCCAUCUUCUGGAGGAGUAGCUGGUGGGACGAGCAGAAGAAGUGGGCGAGGAGAGCGGAAAACAUGGUACGACCAUAUGGUCGAACAACAACAAGCGGGGACGACGACUUCAACGUCAACCACGAAUAGUGCAGGAGGUAGACCUUCAGGAGGGUCUGCAUCAACGACAUUGGCGCAACGAAGUAGACCAGGGGAUGGUUCCCCAGUUAUGUCGAGAAGUGGGCCUCAACUGCAACUGCCGUCAUCUUCUGGUGCUGGGAGUGGAGGCGCAACAACACAGCUUCCGCUGAAUGGUACUAGUUUGCCAUCUUCAAGUAGCAGUAGUCCGCGACUGCUAACGUCAUCAUCGCCGCGUCCACCUGGCUCGGCCUCGGCACGUUCCAACCUGACUACCCCAGACGAUACGACUGAGCAUGCAGCACCAGCAACAGCGAAACGGGUCAAAUGUAGGAUCGGCGGUAGAGAAGACGCACGAGUUACUCCUAAUAUGUCUUCGUCGGAUUCCAAUGCUGCUGGCGGCACGACCACUACUUCAGCCGCAGCUCCUUCCACUUCAUCUUCCUCGCAGACCAAGAAGCUGACGCCAUGGCAAAAGGUUGCCAUGUACGGAGCUUAUUUCAUGAUCGCAACCGGAAAUACGAUAUACUUCAAGAAAAUGACCGACACUCUAGCGAACUACUCCUGGUUCACGACAAACAUAACGACCAUUAUUUUCAUCCCGUUCUUCUGCACAUUGACUUUCCUCGAAGACCUCGCAGAGAACAACGAAACACCGAAGCAAACGAUCCCAAAAAGCAAAACCGCUGUUAUGUUAAGGCUCAUGAAAAAGAGGACGAGCUGAUAGAUUUAGAUACUCAAAACAUUGACAUAUUUAUAAUUAGCUGAGUUUUACUUACAUUGAGAAAGUGGAAUCAGCCGACGGACCUCAACACAAGAAUACAGAUGGAAAAUUAUACUCGAUGAGUCUACUGUGAACCAGCACCAAGAGUGUCAACUGCAACGAAAGACUACUCACGAGUAUCAUUUCAAAAAGAUUACUCCCUAGCAUUUUUCAAGAGGGAACCAAGAAGAGUAACAACAUAGAUUAUCAUUAUAUAGGAUUCAGGGCUGCACGUGCACGGUGCCCCUCCCUGUGGUUUGGUCUGUGGUGGCGCGCGCGCGCACUUUUCCACGCUGAUUCUCGCGGGUGCUAGUGUUGGAAGGCGUCAAAACUUGGCGCGGGCCUUUCCUUGCGCCUCUCAGCGUGUUCCUGAGGGACCUCCUGGCCUCUCCUGACCCUCGCAGGCGGGAGGUCUCCGGGGUAAAAGGCCGCCGAAGGCGGCCACGGUCGCAAGGGCAAGCAAGCUCAUGACCAAGGGCCCGGAGGGUACAGGCUGCGCGGCUCAGGGGGUCCAGCCCCUCGCCUUUUGCCGCCUUCGGAGGCCCUCCACAGCCGGCGCGCUGCUGCGGCGGCGAAGCGUAUCGGAUGCACUUAGGGCACAGGCAGGCACCUGGGCGGGGGCGCAGGUGGUCCCUUGGGCCCCUUUUGAAGCCUCCCAACUACAUCGGAGGCCUGUAGGGAACAGCCAGGCAGCUGGAAGGGGCGAGCGGGGGGGGGGUCACCCGGCCCCCUUUUGAGGCCUUCCACCCCCGGCCGACGCCUUCAAAAGGGGCCCGGGGCUGGACGGUGCCCCCCCUACGGUAGGGGGGGACGCCGUCGCCCCGCGCCCUGGGACAUACAUAUCAAAAGAAAUCGAUUGAUGAAGUGCAUCCAUUUCCAUGCCUUUCGUCUAAAGAGAGGAUUACUCGACUCGUGUGCUGGAUUAGCGAUGGUUUUAGGCGGAGCAUAUACAGCUGGCGGAACGCAGGUGCUACUUAGUCAGGGAGCGAUUCCGGUAACCAUAGCGCUUUCGGUCUUGUUGCUGCGAAGAAGCUUUCACAUAUGCCAGUACGCUGGUGCAGGAAUCAUAGUUAGCGGAGUUGGUAUCGAAUAGAUCGAGGAUAGAGAUCAAUCGUAUUGAUGAUUUUCGAGGUUCUUUCUGCUCUUUCGCCGCGUCGAGCUAUCGAUACAACUUUACAUCGUUCUCAGACCAAUUUUUGGAAGAAUAUACAUGAAAACUAGAAUCAACUUUAUCCUCCCAGACGCAUACCUACAACGAUAACCACGAAUUAUAGUGAUAAGCAAGUUGAACGGGCAGACGCAUGAUGCAGUUGGGGACAAUCCGACUUUUAACGCUAUAUUUGCGUCUUCGAAUUUUCCGACUGCGCUGUCGACGAUCUACAAGGAGGUUGCCUUCCAAGAUAUUCCAGACCUUUCAGUAAACCUGAUCCAACUCUGGGUGGCAAUUUGGCAAGGGGUCUUUAACCUCGUCCUUUGUCCUGUGUACACUCUCAAAAUUCUCGGACCCAGGUACUUUCUUAUGUAGAUUCCAUGCUGUGUCCGCAAACACAUAGCCUUCCUUGCAUCUCGUGAAGCUGCAGCAAGAACCAAAGAUUGUGCUACGAUUAAUACAGGCCGAGUAACAUGAAGAAAUUCCGGACGCUCUAACAGAAGAACUUCUACUUUAGAUACUGCUUGAAACUCCAUAUCCAGCCAAAUCGCAUUAGACGAUAUGCUGCCGAGUUUCGUGAAUGGCGCGAAGUGCUAUUGGGGCAUUGACACCUUGAUUCACGACUGCGACGAUGGGACGUUUCCGAGGAUGCAAGGGGUGCUUUUUCUUUUGUUCUAAUUAGACACUAUCACUAUCUAUUCAUUGAAGAAAGACAGAUUCGAAUUUUGCCAUCAUCAACGUUAUUGUUAUUCGCACGACUGAUCUAGUAUCAUUCAAGGUAGAGCACCACGAAAGCCACGAUAUAAAAUACACGGAAUAACGAGAAACUUGCUAUUCCCAGGUGCGACCAUGCGACUACUGCGAGAAUGCGUUCCGCAACACCAACACGUAUGUCACGUUCAAUAUCCUGUACAACAUACUGUGUAUGUGUCUUGUGAAAUACGGAACUGCAAGCUUCUACUUUGUCAUCAACGCAGUGCGACUGCCGAUGACGACGAUGCUCUUCGCUAGUCCCCUAAUAAUGGGUGCCACAGCUGUGCCCAUGGGUUUGACUGACUGGUGAUAUUUUUUUUCAAUUAGUUCAAGCACAAGCAGGGUUUAGUAGUUUAUUUUCCAAUCUGUAUUUUUAUUUUCACUCAACGUCGACUUCACCAACAACCAAGAUACAACGACCAAGAAAAGCUGUGAUAAGAGGCAGAAGUGAAGCAAGUGCACAGCUAGGAGUAGAAGCGUGCAGUUUCAUACGUUUUUGCAUCGUCCAGUAGAGGUGCUGCAUAGUAGUAGGUACAACACAAUUAUGCGGCUGCCCAUGCUGUACUACUACUUAACAUCAGGUUUGCGCUGUUCGUUGUCCUUUUUGGGCUGGUUGUUUACAAGUACGGUUCCCGCCUGAAGAAGAGGUUAGACCGCGCCCGACUGAAUGUGCUGCAGGAUUUAGAGCGACCGCUUUUGCCCGGCCGAGGCCCGCACCAGGGCACGACUGCAGGAGGAGCGCGCGAAGGAGACAGUCUCGCUUCACUGCCUGAGGAUUCGGAGGACAGCCUGCGACGUGCCUUUGGCGGUUUUGUUGGUCCGAAUAUCCAGGUUUUUGAUCCCGCAAGCUUUGAGAAAGACUUUGCUCCACAGUGGAUGAAAACUCCCAUACAGAUCCGCGCCGGCUAUAUCCAGAAACUGGGCCUUCUGCCACCGGGCAAACCUAGUCCGAUAAACAGCCCAAAAAAUCCAGACGCUGCACCAGCAGCGGGGACACCUGCGGCUGGCAAGGGUGCCAUUACUUUUGACCUUACGGGUGUCGAAAGAGUCUCGCCCUGA